AUGGACGGCCGAUACAUCUCACUCAAAGUGAAGGAUUGGCCCUGCACGGAUGACUUUGCCGAGUACCAGCCUGCUCGAUAUUCAAAUCUGAUGGCUAAUCUGCCCAUCUGGCAAUACACUCAUCGGGAUGGACAGCUUAAUCUAGCCGCUCGUCUUCCUUCCUUCUUUGUAAGGCCUGAUCUAGGACCAAAGCUCUACAUCGCCUACGGCAUGGCAAGACAAACAUCUGUAAGUUUAUUGCAUCACCAAACAUCAAAAACGCUUGUGCAACUGUAA